UGUGGCGUUCCCUUCCUCCGCAUUCGUCCCUCCGUGCUGCGCGCCGGAGUUAACCAGGAACCGGGGGGAAGGUCUCUCCGUCGUGACAGCCCGCUCUCCUUAACUUUUACGGGUCCAGGUUGUGCGUGAGACGCGGAGGGAGUCUUGUGUCUGUGUUUUAGAUGCAUGGGAGUGCCCUGGGAGCGGCGAAGGGAGAAGACAGCACUGGUGGUCCUGACUGUUCAGCAGGAUGAGUGAGGCGGAGGGCCAGUUCUACAGCGUUCAGGUGGGAGACUCCACCUUCACUGUACUCAAGCGCUACGAGCAACUCCGCGCCAUCGGCUCCGGAGCCCAGGGUAUCGUCUGCUCUGCUCUAGAUACAGUACUUGGUAUACCAGUGGCAGUGAAAAAGCUGUGUCGACCCUUCCAGAACCAGACACAUGCUAAGCGUGCCUACAGGGAGCUGGUGCUGCUAAAAUGUGUCAAUCACAAAAAUAUCAUCCGUCUGAUCAACGUGUUCACGCCUCAGAAGUCCCUGGAGGAAUUCCAGGACCUGUAUCUCGUGAUGGAGUUGAUGGAUGCCAGCCUAUGCCAGGUGAUCCACAUGGACCUGGACCAUGAGAGGAUGUCCUAUCUGCUCUACCAGAUCCUCUGUGGCAUCAGGCACCUGCACUCUGCUGGCAUCAUCCACAGGGACCUGAAGCCCAGUAACAUUGUGGUGAAGUCGGAUUGCACUCUAAAGAUCUUGGAUUUUGGCCUGGCUCGGACGGCCUGCACUAACUUCAUGAUGACCCCCUACGUGGUGACCCGAUACUACCGCGCCCCAGAGGUCAUACUGGGCAUGAAGUAUAAGGAGAAUGUGGACAUCUGGUCAGUGGGGUGCAUCAUGGGAGAAAUGGUAAAGGGCGGCGUCAUCUUCCAGGGCACGGACCACAUCGACCAGUGGAAUAAGGUGAUUGAGGUUCUGGGAACGCCCAGUCUGGAGUUUAUGAACCGACUGAUGGAGACCGUGAGGAACUAUGUGAUGAACAAGCCGCAGUAUCCUGGCGUCAGCUUUGACGAACUGUUCCCCGACUGGGCCUUUCCUUCUGACUCCGAACACGACAAACUGAAGACAGGUCAAGCACGGGACCUGCUGUCCAAAAUGCUGGUCAUUGAUCCUGAAUGCCGCAUCUCCGUAGAAGAAGCCCUCAAUCACCCGUACAUCCACGUGUGGUACGACCCCGGAGAGGCCGACGCGCCUCCCCCCAUGAUUUCAGAUAAACAACUGGAAGAGAGAGAACACUCCAUCGAGCAAUGGAAAGAACUAAUUUAUGAGGAGGUGAUUGACUGGGAAGAGAGGAACAAGAAUGGACUGAUGAAAGAAGACUGCUCAGAUGUGGUUUCAGGUUCAGCCUCCCAGUCCUCGUCAGCCAACGACAUCUCGUCCAUGUCCACGGAGCACACCUUAGCCUCGGACACGGACAGCAGCAGCAUCGACACACUGACGGGACCGCUGGACGAGAGUCAGUGAACAGUCCAUGGCCACAUCUUUCUGCCUGCCUCAGUCCUCCCCUCCUAUUUACAAUAUCAAAUAUCAAUCAACCAUCAUCUUCCUUUCACUCCCCCCCUCAUUUUCUGUUCUUUUUUUGUCCCUUUUCUUUUCUGUGUUUUUCUUCUUUCCUCUUCAACGUCAAUGAAUAGGUCUAUUUUUCUAUUUUCUUCCCGUUUAUGAUCUGGUGACCUUGUUUAACCUCUUCAACAUUAAACUUUUCUUUUGGACUCCUUCCUAGAGGUCAAAGCUGUCUAUUGGGUCAACGUUUAUCUUUCUCUUCUUGGUGGAUAUUGUUUACCUUGAUCAAGUAUAUUAAUGUAUGCAUCCAUAUCGAUUUUCAGAUUACCAGGAGUAAGGGGGGAAUUGUUGUUUGUUCCGUAUGCCUGUGUUUUAAUAGUUUUAUUUUUUUAAGCGAAUAUUAUUCUUAAGACCAGAUGUUAUCAAAUUAGAGCAGACACACACUGAAAAUAGACCACAGCUGUCAGCUGCUGUCAUGCAUGUUACGCCAAUACGAAGAAAAGCUUACCAUAAGUGGCACCAAUCUAAUGUCCAUGUGAUGAUGAUGAUCAAACACUCAUCCAAAGUUUGAUCGAUCCUUCAGCUAGCGCGCAGUAUUACAGAUCACCACAGGGGGGGCUUUCUGCACCGUUUUUUAAUCAAUUGCUUUGAGUGAUGUGGGUUUUAAGAUUUUCCUCCCGACAGCUGGGGGAAGCUGUGGUUGCAGUGUUACAUUUUUAUUUCCUGAUAUUAUGUACUGUAUGUAAAGAUGUCAUGAUCUGACACUCAUAGUGCUGUUGACCCUGUCAUAACUAAUAGAUAAGGUGUGCUCGUUUUUGUUAUGAUAUCCAACAUUUCUGUAGAAAUGUAUAUUUCAGCCCCAUUGGACAUACGGUACCAACUAACAAUGUGUAUGUAAAAAGAAAAAUCAAUAUCAUAAUCCUGUAAAUUUGGGAGAGGCAAAAAGAUACAUGUAUUUAUUUUUGUGUUCUUGCAAAAAUGUUGCACACAGUCACAUUGAGGCCCGUGAAAAAUAAGCCUCUUAUCGAAGCAUUUCAUUGCUCCUUUUCUAAACCAUUCCAUUAGUACUGGAGCAGUCACAAAAUCCAUCAUGAAUCAGACAUCAUUUAGAUAAAAGCAGUGAAACACAAAUAAAGGUGUUUAACUUGCAUGAAGGCAUUAAAGAUGCCAAUAAGAUACCGUAGUUCUCGUUAUAAAGAGAAGUCAGUUCGGGUCAGUUCUUUUACUUACAGUACCUUGGUGUUCUUGGUUCUGAAAGCCUGUUCGAUGCAAAUGUUGUAUUUUAUUUUUGUUGCCUUGUGAGCCUUUGUGUGUGUGUCUUAUCAACAUGUACUGUGCAGCGCUCGCCAUCAUUAUCUCCUUUUGAAUCGGCCCUAAAGACAGCAGUCGCUUGGUUGUAAGGACAAAGUCUAUGGAGGAAGUUGUCCCCUCAACAAAAAGCAAACACGUUGUGGUUUAAAAUGAAAACGAGACUGUGGAGUCCUGAAUGAAAAUCUGGACCUUGGAACUCAAGAUGGAAACCUAAAGACGAGAGAGAUGGACUGUGGAGCUGCUUUUUGGCAGAACUGAUUGCACAUUGUGACGGACAUGCGGAAAUAUGACACUAUGGAGUCACUUGGGUUUUAAUUGUUGCACACUAUACUUUUUUCCUUUUUUAAAAACAUGACCUUAUUCUUUCAGUCAUGCCUUAAAUGACCUGUGGAGUGGCAAUUUAACUCUCACAAAUCUUAUCAGAUAAGGACUGAGCAUUACAGUGCUCAGACCUCUUUACCAUGUUUACCGUGUUUAAAAAAAAAAAAAAAAA